GCCUUUGCGGGGAGCCGGGGAAGGUCUGUUUUAGACUGUAAACAACGAAAUCCAAGUGCUGCCCGUCCUGUUCGGUGCGCCGAGAUCCUCGGCACGCUUUGGGAAAUGUGGUAAUCGCGAAAGAACAGUUACCCCCUUUAGCCUGACAGUAAUCCCAAAAUCAUCCACAACUCGGUCUUCCAAAUCCUUACUGAACUAAAAAAGGAGGGAGAAAGUGUUCUAGCAGUAAAGGUAACUGUAUGUGGAGUAAAUUUUGACAGACACGUUAAUUCGAGGCGCUUGAGGAAGGCAGUUUCUCUGUGAAAAACAUCUGGCUGCAGUAAUGGAGUAAUUGCAAUCCAGGAGCCCUGUAAAUUAAGGUGAUGCAGCACUCAGAAUGCUCUAGCAUACAGUGACUUAUUUCAUCUCAAGUAUUACACCAUACAGCAAGAAAAGAAAGGACUCUAUUCCUGUCAACAUGGUGUGAAGCACAGAAGCAUGCUUUCCACUGAGCCUCACACUGCCACCUGUGAUACAGAAUGUCUCUAAGUGAGAACAACAGUGUGGUGUUUGCCUAUGAAUCCUCAGUGCACAGUACCAACGUACUCCUCAGCCUCGAUGAUCAGCGCAAGCAAGAUAUCCUUUGUGAUGUUACCAUUUUAGUGGAGGAUCAGCGAUUUCGGGCCCACAGAGCUGUGCUUGCAGCUUGCAGCAGUUACUUCCUUUCAAGAAUUGUGGGCCAGGUGGAUGCUGAUCUUAUCAUCACCUUGCCGGAAGAGGUAACACUUAAAGGAUUUAGUCCUUUGCUUCAGUUUGCAUAUACAGCAAAACUUGUUUUAAAUAAAGACAAUGUGUCUGAAGUUUGCAAAUGUGCAGAAUUUUUGGGUGUACGCAACAUUGAAGAGUCCUGCUUUCAAUUUCUCAAAUUCAGAUUUUUGGACUUUAAAUUGGAUCAGCAGGAAUGUCCUAGGAAAAAGUGUUGCACACAGCGUUGUCAGAAAGCAAACCCUAAAACUGGCAAUGUGGAUGAUGGAGACCUAGAAAUAAAUGAUGAAGUAGAAGCACUUCUAGAAAAGGAAUAUAGUCAAAUUCCUGACACAAAGCCCUGUAAAGAUGAAGAAAAUGCUAAAUCAUCGCCUGUUCUCCAAAUUAAUGCCAAUCAAAACUGUGAUCCUGUACAUUUAGAAAGGGGUAAUGCUUCCAGCUUAUCUUCCCAAUGCCCAAAGUAUAGAAAAUUCCAGAAAGCUUUUGGAAAUGACAAAGUUAAUACUUCAGAGUCCAGCUCCAGUAUUAAAGAUGUUCAGGUACCACCAUUUGCAACUUCUCUUGAGAAGGAAAUACCUGAUAACGAUGGCAUACAAAAAGCUCAGGAGUGUGUGCCUAUGCAGCUGAUCUCAAACUGUGAAGAGACUCAGGUAGAAAUGGAAGAAGGGGAAGAAGGCAUUCACAAAAAAGAAGAGUCAAGGAGAGAUUCUGUAACUCGGAAUGUGUCAUGUCCUGUGGAGAAAAUGGAUCUUGCUGCUUUCCCCCAAAACUCUGCUGCACCUCAUGGACUCAAUUCUGUGUCUAUUUUACAUAGUUGUGAGCAAUAUGGUAACUUGAAUUUCAGUAGUAUGCAAAACAACACAGUCUUAGCUGAAAAAACUGUGUCAAGUACUGGAGCUGGAAAUGACAAAACUGAAAGUCAAGGUAACCCAUCUUCAAAGGUGGAUUUGUGCAUUAGGGAAGCCACUAGCAUCACCUCAGCUGGAGAUCGAAGCAGUGUGGAGAGAGAGAUAGCAGAACAGCUAGCACAGGGGUUCUGGAGUGAUGUUCACAGCACAGAUGCCUGUCAAAUGCAUUUACCACCUGCAGUUUCUAAAGAGUAUUUGGAGCCCACCUACUCGGGGAAAAAAUCAGAGUGUCCGUGGCUGGGGAUCAGGAUCAGUGAAAGCCCUGAACCUUGCUCUCAGCGAACUUUUACAACACUGAAUUCAGUCAAUUGCCCCUUUAUAAGCAACCUUAGCACUGAAGGAUGUUCCAGCACCUCUGAAAUAAACAGUGGAGAUUAUGUUCAGGGACAGCAACAAGAACAGUGUCCCUAUAACUAUGUGAUAAGUUUGGGAGAGGAUUCGGAGACUGACACUGAGGGAGACAGUGAAUCCUGUUCAGCAAGAGAACAAGAAUGUGAGGUAAAACUGCCGUUUAAUGCACAAAGGAUUAUCUCACUUUCCAGAAAUGACUUCCAGUCAUUUCUGAAAAUGCAUAAAUUAACUCCUGAACAAUUGGACUGUAUUCAUGAUAUCCGAAGACGAAGUAAAAACAGAAUUGCAGCGCAGCGAUGUCGCAAGAGAAAACUUGACUGUAUACAAAAUCUUGAAUCUGAAAUUGAAAAACUGCAAAAUGAGAAGGAGAAUUUGCUGAAGGAAAGAAACCACAUUUUAUCAACUCUGGGUGAGACAAAACAAAAUCUGACUGGACUUUGCCAGCAGGUGUGUAAGGAAGCAGCCUUGAGUCAAGAGCAAAUACAAAUACUUGCAAAAUAUUCUUCUUCAGAUUGCCCACUCUCAUUUUUGUUCCCAAAAAGAGAACAAACAGCUCCAUCUGAUAGUGAGCUCGUGGUACCAGCAUCUGUAGAACCAGCAAAUGGUGUUUCAGGUGUCACACCUACAGCUGAGCAGAGCUCCUGUUACCAGUGUGUCAAAAGCGUGUGUGAGGCCGCGUACGAUCAAGUGCAAGAGCUGCAUCCAGUUCCUGCCAGAGCAUUGGAGCAAACGUCGCUGGGGGAGCCCUGUGGACAGAGCAGUGGCAUCACAGACUUCUGCCAGCAAAUGACUGACAAAUGCACUACAGAUGAGUGAAUCUCUCCUUCCCAUUGCCAGCCCCUCGGCAUUGCAACGAGAAGUGGGAUUGAGCAUUAUUGGAAAGUAACUUACUAAGUGAGAGAGACGACAAAAGUUUAGUCUUUUGAAACUAUAUUGACAAUUACGUGGUCACCAUUAUUACUUGGCAAGCUUUGGGUUUGCUCUGUGUAGUUCCAGAACAUAAUUUGUAUGUGUCAGCCUUGGAGCUUUGUCUGUGUGGUGAUGCCAAGGAGGGUUCAGGAAAGCUGUUGGAAAGUACAAAUUCAUGCACAGGUGCUUAUUUGUGAGGAAGUUUUGUUCAUGUAUAGAGCAGCCUACUCUGAUUUAUGCCACAGUACUUAAUGUCACUCUGCAUUUUAAGGAAAGCCUCGUGACAGCUGUUAAUGCACAAUGACUUCUAUACCUGGAAUUCUUCUAAGGCUUCUUUUUUCCUGGUAGACAAACCUUAAGAAGCAUAUAUAGCUCUGUAAAUGUUCAUUUUGUACACGGGCUGUUACAUGACAGGAUGAGGAGAUUUUGAAAAGUGCCCUCUGGUAUAGCUCCUUGCUUCCUGCUGCUCCCCUCCCCAUCCCAGGGAAGACUUUACUGAAUUAAAGUAGUAGGCUACUACUAGUAGUAGUAGAAUUGAUUGGUAGUAGGCUUUUAUUGCGUAAGUGGUUUUGUCUUGUCAAUGUAGUACAGAAUUAAAAGAACUGGAGCAGCAGAGGUGCUGCCACAUAGUGCUCUCUUCUCUAAAUUUAGUGGGAGGAAUAACAACGCACUGUGGAAGGCAGACAUCUGAAACUGGUGCAGUUCUUGGAUGAGUGUGCAUUGGAUCCUCUGGCAUCUGAAUCCCACAGGCUUAUUAAAACUCACAGUUGUAUUGUGACUUCCUGUCCUAGCACCUUCAAGCUUGCUGCUUGUUUGUGGCAAGUUGGAAUCAAAGUAUUGUGAAAGUCUAAGGACAGACUUUUUUUUUUUUUAGGUAUUCAGGCGCCACAUUUUUUCUUUCAGUGCCUAGCUGCCUAAAGUAAGUUACAAAUAUUUGUUCUCUGAUCACUGGGACCAGUAAAGUUCAAUUUCAGAAUCAAUCUUCAGGAUACUUUAUGGCUAAACCUGUAGUAUAUUUUCAAUGGCUUGUGCUAUUAGCAUAGAUAUAUAAAAAGUUUAUUGAAGAAAUUAGCUGGAGUUACUUCCUUUAUUACUUUGUGAAGGAAAAAUUCAGCUACUGAAAAUAAUCCCCAUUUUCUAGAUUUUUACAUAGCAGUGGGUGCAUAUUGUAUACCAAUGAUGUUUUGUUAUUUAGAUGCUUUUCUCACACCAGAACUAAGUAUUGAACCUCACCACAGAAAACUUUGGGUUUGCUGGUUUACAAAACAUGAAGAAUCUUGUACAAGCCAGUGGAAUUCUUCAUUUCCUACCUCAGAAUGUGUAUUAGCUUUUUGUGUCUUUGUGUGCAUGUACAGUAGGCAGCAACUAAGCAACAGCCCUUGUAAAUACUGCUUUUCAGUUUUACCUUGCAGCAAGGCAAAACUUGUUCUUGGCAAGGCUCUUUUUUUCCUCUCCCCAGCAUCCAUAGGUAACAUAGCAUUAAUAAAUACAGUAAGCCACUUAUUUAAAACAAAAAUCUAAAAAUUAACAGAUUUCAACAGGACUUCUCAUAACCAGCACGCAACACAAAUGACUACACUACCUCACCUAUGGGACUGAAAGUUGAUUCAAAUCUCUAGUGAAUCCUUGGAUUUUCAUCAUGUAUCAUUACUUUUUUAAGGGAAAAAAUGUGCUGAUGGCGCAUAGCUUGUAUAAAUCACAAUGCUUGCAGUAAUUGAAAUUCAGAAAUAAAUACUACAUGGCAGACAUCAUGAUAAUUGGAUUGAAAUUCUUUUAAAUUACAUAAUUGAGAUAUGAUGAUCCUGUAUAUGUAUUACUUCAUGAAGCUCUCUGGGCUUUUUCUUCAGUUUCUGUAGAUUCCUGGUUAAUUUAAUCCUGUCUCCCUCCCAUGCUGCCACCCUGGGAAGCAUUUUGCUCUUAUGUCUCCAUUUUGUUUAAAAAGCAAGCCAAAAAGAAAUAAUAAAAAACAAAAUUCAAAGCCCAAACCUCUACUGUUCAUAACUACUAUCACUUUUAAAGCUGGUGAUAUUCUGAAAUGACGUGGACAAUGGCAUUGAAACAUUGUCCUAGUGGUGCACAUAGUUGGAAAUAGAAUUCCUUGGGUUAAGUCCUUAUUAUAACAAGGUGGAGCAUCUUUGUAGGGAAUGGCUUGUCCAGUGGCCCAGAGCCCUGACACACUUGGCUGCAGGUGUUGGAACACAAGGUCAGUGAUGGCCAAGUGUGAGUUGUGCUCCACUGCUGGAGUCUGGGCAUCAGCCACAGCCUGAGUUCCAUGUAGCUGAUGGUGGAGGGAUUCCAGGGCAGGAAUCAUGGCAGUCAUUGACCUGUGAUAAAAGUUAACAUCAUGUUUUUAAACCUGACAUGAACUUGAUGAAGUCUGAGGGUAGGUUUUUGCCUGACCAGCUGCAUCUAAUUAAUUUUUAAAAUAUUUAUUUAAUACCAUAGACCUACAAGUUGCAUGUUGACUUCUAUAAGCCUAUAUCAUCAACUUGCAAAUGUUACAAAUGAAUGACAAUUUUAUGAUACAGAAUUCUCAGGAAAAUGUUUUUUGGAGUUUGGUUUUAUUUUUUUCUCUUCCAGUAAAGAAAUAUUCGUUUUUGAAAUUGUAAAAUACUUUGUUAAAGCAUGUUUUAAAAUACUUUGAAUAGACUAUCUUAAAGCCAUAUGGGUAUGAUGGCAUACAGAUUGUAAAAUAAACAGAUAAUUACAACA